CACAAUCACUAUCGCCUCUGUCUCUGUUUCCAUUCCUUUGCCUAGCUAAUGGGGAUGACACUUGCUCCACUCUCGUCCCUGUCUCUACGCUCCCUGCUGCUGUUCAUGUCGCACAGGAAGCCACAUCGGAGCUCUUUCUUCUCCUCCGCCGCCGCCGUUCAGCCUGCGGCUCCAGGAACUGGCCCUCCGGCUGCUCCUGCCGUCCAGCCUCCAGCCGCUCCAGCCGACGAGCCGUCAGCGCACACCCUGGACGAUCCUAAACAUCCAGCUCCUGGUGGUUCAUGUAGCACGCUUCAACCUGUAACCUGCGAGCCUUCGCCGGAAGCAUAUACUGAUGACAAAGUUUGCGAAGAUUCUGAUCUUCCAGGUAAGCGUAGCUCUUCCCGCGAUAUGCCGCCACGCCCACCUAUUGGAACUAUGGAUCCAUUGUAACAUGUCAUGGCGAGUCAAAAAAACACCUUGGAAGAUACCACUCCCUCCGUCCCAUAACAUAAUAGUGUAAAAAACGCUUUUAUAUUAUAGAACGAAGGAAGUAGUAAACACUCGGUUUCUAAUUCAACCGCAGACAGCAAGCAUCCUUUAAAACAAGUAUAAGAUAUUAUAGAUCACUACGGAGGGAGUACUAAAGAUCCGGCAAGUCCUGAGAGCUCGCCUAUGGCACUUGAACAUGUACUCCUUCAUCAGGCGCCCACCGUACGAACUGCACAGGUCCUCCUCUUCCGGAAGAAUACUGAAUUUCCAACUGUGUUUGGGCGCUACGAGCAGAUGCCUGCUGCGGUUAAUGCCGUGUUACCUCUGUGUGGACAUGUAAUCUCAGUGCUGUUGUAUUAUUGAUCUUUUCUACGGUUCCAAUCUACUACUGUAAUACUUUAUACGUAUCAAAUAAGGGUGUGCCUAGAACUCAUCUAGAUGAGUUAUAAUAUGGUCUCAUUCACCUGACAUUAGAUGACAUCACAAAUUGUUAUUCAAGUCAUUUUUUCUUAA